AUGGCUCUUACCAAGUGCCUGUUGCCGGCAGUGCCUUUGGUCACCCAGGGAGUCUCAUCACCUCUGCUGCAAGAGGAGAUUAGACUGUUUUGGCAAAUGGUUGUCAAUGUGUCCGGUAAUUUAUCCUUCCUUGAUAUCUGUUACUCCACCAGCUGGGAACCAUAUGUCUUGGCCCAAUGCUUCAGGGACUUCCCCAUUAUUUUCUAUACCAGCUGUUAUGCCCAGAUGACCACAUCCCUCUUUCCAGGGAUGACAGAAUGUCUCUUCCAUGCUGUCAUGGUUUAUGACAGGUUUGUUGCAAUCUCCAAUCCCCUGCAUUACACCACCAUUAUGAAUAAUGAAGUUUGCGUACAGUUGGCCUUGGGAACCUGGGCAAGUGCAUUCUUAGUAGCAGUCUUACCAUUCAUUGCAAUUCCUGCUUGUUAUUAUGGACAGAAUGCCAUCAGCCAUUUUACCUGUGAGAUCCAGGCCCCGCUGAAGCUCAUCUGCUCAGACACUCCUGUCAGUCUGAUUCUGGGUCUGGUUAUCAGUGCGUUCAUAUUGACCUUGCCUUUCACUAUCAUCCUUAUUUCCUACUUCCACAUUGUGGUUAUCGUGCUGAGGAUCCAUUCUGUAGAGGCCAGCCUCAAAUCUUUCUUCAUCUGUGGACCUUAUCUAACUGUGGUCAACAUAUUUAAUGGUAGAGCCAUCUACAUGUACCUGAAACCUCAAAGAAAUCUCAGGAAGAGGACAAAUUCGUCACAAUAUUUUUUUUAA